UACGAACUGGCUUGUUUUGGAUUUCGGACAAUUAUCAUUGAUUCGCUGCGUAGGAAUGUUUGUGUUCAUAUUUCUCUGCCCUCUCACUGCAGAUCGUCCCCAUAAUCAUUGUCGUCGUCAUUAUUUUUGUCAUCGAUAUCGUCUACGUUAUCAUGGAUGCCUUGUACAAAUUCAAGCUUAAGUUGGUGCUCGUAACGGUUUUGUUUGGAUGUAUUCUUCCCGUGACUAUUCAACACAUAUUAGAAGUCUAUGUACUUCCCUGGUGGCUAAAGCUCGUGGCGGUACUGCUCGUGGUAAUAUUUGGAAGUAUCUCUUUGGUGUUUGUUCGUUUAUUGAUGCACAAAACAACGCCACAUCAAAGCCUCAAGAAGCUUCUCCUGCACUUCAUUGUCUCCGCUGCUUCUUUCUAUAAAGCUCGAUCAAUGCUACCAAAGUUUCGAGAGACCCUCAAACGCCCCGGUUACUACCAAGAACGUAUCCUACUUCAAAUCCUCAAGGACAAUAAAGACACGGUGUAUGGUAAGGACUUUGGUCUAGCCCAUUUGAAGGACAUCGGUGACUUCCGCCGCAAACAUCCUUUAACCAAAUACGAACACUACCGUCCCUAUGUGCAACGCAUGAUGGAUGGGGAGGAAAAGGUCCUGACGUCAGCCAGACCGAAGUCUUUCACUCGAACAUCAGGUACGACAGGGCAACCUAAGUACUUCCCGCUUCUUGAUAGACAAAGCCUCUUAACGGAUAUCGCAUCACUGGUAACAGGUCUUCUCCAGGAGACAGUACCUGGUCUUGGUCCGUUACAGAAACGGUUGCAGUACUAUGUUCAUCCAGUAACAUCUCGCUCCAAGGCGGGUAUACCAAUAGAAACAGCUCUCACAUUUCCGGCUGACAAUGCUUUUCUGAUGUCACUUUUCAACACCCCACCGUCUGGCUUCACCAUCAUGACAAAGUAUGAAGCAAAUUAUAUCCACUUGUUGUUUGCACUCAAAGACAAAUAUAUUGGAAUAAUCGGCUGUAAUUUCAUUUCGUUACUUGAGGUUCUUAUCCUUCAGUUGGAGAAUUGUUGGCAGGACAUCGUUGACGACAUCGAACGCGGAACCAUUCGAUCAUCUCUUAAUCUCGACUCUGGAGUACGUGACCAGAUUUCUCGUGAGCUGAAUGGAAAGGGGGACCCCAGUCGGGCAAAGGAGUUGAGAAAAGAAUUCCAACAGGGGUUCCAGGACAUUGUGCCGAGAGUGUGGCCGCAUGCCAAAAUCAUCAUGGGUGUUGACCCUCAGGAUGUCCGCUUCCGACUUGCAAGAAAGUAUACAGGCGAUAUCCCAAUAUACUCUUACGUUAUCGGAGCUUCAGAGGGAUUCUUAGGUAUGAACAUGUGGCCUCUAGAUAAGAAACUUGGUUAUGUUCCAUCUUUUCUUCACAACUUCUUCGAGUUCAUCCCUGUAUCACAAAUAGACGAUGCAGAACCAACAACCCUCCUGCCAGAAGAACUCCAGGUAGGCGAGUGUUAUGAGAUGGUCAUCACGCAAACAUCCGGGCUAUAUCGGUAUCGAAUGGGUGACGUCAUUAGAGUGACGAGAUUUGAACAGGCAACUCCAGUCUUCGAAUUCAGUCACAGGAAAGGACAGAUGCUAAACUUAUAUUACGAAAAGAUCGAUCAAAAGAUGUUCUAUGACUCUCUCAAAUUAGUAGUCAAUCAAUGGAGUGAUACGGAAUUGACUAACUACGCCGUGGCGGAGAGUUCGUUGCUCGAUACCUCCGAUCAGGGCAGUGCUUCACCAUACUACAUUAUUUUCAUCGAGUUGGCAGGCAGUGGAACAGUUGAUGAGAAACAAAGGGAAUGAUUGACACUGAGCUCCGGGAUCGCUGCUGUGACUAUGAGAAGCUCCGAUCAGACAACACCAUCGCUCCACCAAGGAUCCACGUUCUAAGACCAGGAGCAUUCAAGGAGCUUCAGGACUACUCCGUCACCAAGGGCGGAGCUUCUGAGAUCCAGUACAAAGUUCCCAACAAACUUCUGAAGGUUGAACAGUAUGACGUUUUGAUGAGUAAGGUGGAUCGUCCAAUCAUGUUCGAUGAAUCUGACUGUUAGCAACCGCACGUGAUCGAUAUAUGAAAUCAAGCGAUACUUGAUUUUCAACCAAAUCAUCAACAUGAAAUCGAUGGUUUUAUCAUUUCUAUUAAGCUACGUUGAACAAAGUCAUUUUUCAUGUUUGUGUGACCAUGGAUCCUACUAAUGGUGUGACGGUCCCAGGUCAAAAUAGAAGUGUACCAAAACACUGAAAAGAAAAAAAAAUAUGUUUUUCUGAGCAGUUUGAUGUGCUGUUCCCCACAUUUUAAUUGGACAAUGAAGUUGAAAUAGUCCAUCACCAAUCUAUUAAACCCUAACUAUUACAUAUACGCGUAUUUGAAUCAUACAGCCGGGG